GGAGGGGAUGUCAGCGAUGCGGGCGAGACCAACGCCGACAAAGGUGUUGUCUGCGACGGUGCACGAGUCCCAGCCGUCAUUGGGGCACGAGACGUCUGUGCACCCGACGAUGGGAGCGGGGAGGUCGCUGGUGCUGCUGCCGCUGCUACUCUGUGCCAAGGCAGAGCUGAAGGAGGCGAAGAGAGAUAGCAGGAUUGGGGCAGUGGGUUUGGAGUGGAGCAUUGUUGCAGAGGUGCUGGCUUGGGGGCUGAAUAACGAGGGGGUAUAGCAGAGACGGUAAGAUUUUAGGAGUGUUGGCUAACGAUGUUUUGAGUAGAAAGUCGAGUUGGAAUCGAACAUUUCUUAACUGUCUGGCCUCGCAAGUGCACCUUGGAAACCGGGAUGCAACAAGGCGAUGGGGAAACUAUGAUAUCAGCCAUGGAGUUCGUCAGGACAGACUGCGCAGGGGCCCGCCAAUAGCGCCUGGGCGUGGUUGCGCCCCCAAGGCUCGCAAGGGGACGCCAGUGAGCUGAUCUUUGGUUCGCGAUUCAUGCCGAAUCUGCAGAUCUCCCCUAGUUUUCCGUGCAGAACCAACGGCGGACCACUGUUCGCUUCACAUGGCGUUUCGGCCCCCAACGCGCUUCUGCAGACUACCCCGUAGGGCCUGCCCGAAACCCUGCUUUUCGACGGGGCCGCCCCCACGUUGCGUUUGAGGAACAGGAGACUAUGAUGCUAUUCACAAUCCUGUUAUGCAUGAUACAGGAUAAGUCACAUCGAAAUGUCCCCUGAGCAUCAGGCCAGAUGCCCCAACACCAAGAGACGGUGAUGUCAAUCGCUUGAAAAGGAUGUACACACGACUCGUGAGAUGCGGAAGUUGUCCGGAGUGACGAUCUAUAAAAGGUUCCUUGUUGACCUGCAUUGAAUGAUCAUCCAGACAGCUCGAUCAUCCUCAUCUUCCAGUACCAGGUCUAUCAGGUCUACUUCGCGGUCCUCGCAGUCUUCUCUCUGUUUUCAAGCCCACUUCCUCGCAAUGGCUACUCCAGUUGACGCCAUCGGAGUCAUCUCCGGUAUCCUGACCAUUGUCUCCUUUGCCCAGUCCAACUUUGGCGGUGGUGACCCUGGCUCUACCAUCAAGGUUGCCGUCGCUCUCGACAACGAGGCCAGCGGCACCAUCAAUGCUGGCGGUGAUCUUCCCGAUGUCCGCGUCUGGAACGACUUCGGCGACUUUCUCGCCAUAACCGCCGACCCCGGCACCGUGUCCGACGGCACAGUCGGUACCGUCGAGGUCGACCACGAGCAGCAGGGCACAUACUCGCUCUUCAGCGCAAACGACGACGCCAUCUGCGUGGCCUGGGUCACAACGACCUGGUCCGACGCCGCCGGCGGCAACCAAUUCGCCGUGUCGGGCGACUACGGCGCCGAGUGCGGCGCCUCCUGGUACGAGAGCCACAUGUGGACCAACACUGACCAGUCGUACCAGCCGCGCUGCUUCUGGAUCGAUGCGAACGGUGACCAGCCCCAGACGGGUUUCCAGGUUCGCUGGCCUGCAUUCUCGUCGACAGAGUUCGAUGAGGGGAACACCGAUCCGACCAAGUUCUGCAAUGAUAUUGACUUUGGGCUGCGCACUGAAUCGGAUCCCUCGACGAUUAACUUUUGGACGAGUGCCAAGAGGAGUAAGCGUGGGGAGAAGAAUGACCGUCGCAUCAAGGCUCGUCGUGGCGGCGAGCGUGUCUCGUGGGCUGCUGAGCAGCUGGUCAUCUCGGACUCUGUGCAUCAUUCUGCGAGCCGGCUGUGUGGCUCUGAGACUUCUAUGGGACCGGACUUUGUGCACACGACUGAGAAGAGCUUCUGCGAUAUGGGCGCCAAGGUCCUCUACCCGCUGUGCGAGAGUGGAAACGGCACUUCGACUGGUUGCUUUGACCUCGAGGCCCAGAGGUUGAUCACAGACAGUGGCCUUGAGAGCCGUGAUAUCGCGGACCCUUACACCAAGGUCCGCGAUUGGCGUGCGACUGCUUAAGUCCGAGGUUAGGACUCUUGAGUCUACUUGGACUUUCUCCAUGACCUGUGACCUGUGUACGACCUUUGACAAUUGGCUGCCUCGCCUGCAGUAACCAUCCAACUCUCCUUCUUUGUACCUGCUUGCUUGAUGUAUAUAGUGCUUAGUUGCUUUGACCUGUCUAUAACUUGAAACUGUUGGGAUCCCAAAU